UGGUGGAGGGGAUAUGGAGAGAGACAGUGAAGAAAGGAAAGCCAGAAAUAAAUGAGCCAGGGAAGAAGGGGACAGAAGGCAGCAUCCAGGGCAGGCUCCGGAGAGAUACUGAAGAUGCUGCUGCUGCUGCUGCUCCUCGGGGUUGUCACAAGCAGAUGUCUACAUGAUGAGACUCAGAAGUCUGUGAACCUUCUCAGGCCCCCUUUCUCCCAAUUGCCCCCAAACUUCCGCUCUUCCUCCCUCACCCUCCCUAGCUCCAGAGAGCCUCAACCCCUGCGCAUCCAAACCUGCUAUAUAGGAGACCCUACAUCAGAUGGAGCUUGGGAUCUUGAGGGAGAUGGGAUGAGAGGGAGGUCCCGAGCCCUGGCCGCAGUGAGAGAGGCCACUCAGCGAAUCCAGGGUGUCCUAGCAGCCCCUCCAGUGCAAGGACCCCUGCUUCUGAGUCGAGACCCUGCACGAUACUGUCAUGCUGUCUGGGGAGACCCAGAUACCCCAAACUACCACAGGUGCAGCCUCCUGAACCCAGGGUACGAAGGAGAGAGUUGCCUGGGGGCAAAGAUUCCCGACGCCCAUCUCCAUGGUUAUGCCUUGUGGCCGGAGCAGGGUCCCCCACAAGUGGUCCAGCCAGAUGGGCCUGGGGUCCAAAACACAGACUUUCUCCUGUAUAUGCAGGUUGCCCACACUUCCAAGUGCCACCAAGAGCCCUCUAUCAUAGCCUAUGCUGCCUGCUGCCAGCUGGACUCAGAAGACAGGCCCCUUGCUGGUACCAUUGUCUACUGUGCCCAACAUCUCACCAGCCCCAGCCUCAGCCAUAGUGACAUCGUCAUGGCCACACUGCAUGAAUUGCUCCAUGUCCUGGGUUUUUCUGGACAGCUCUUCAAGAACUGGCGGGACUGCCCCUCAGGACUCAGCGUUAGAGAGAACUGCUCCACGAGGCAACAAGUGACAAGGCGAGAUAAGUGGGGACAGCUGCUUCUCACCACCCCAGCUGUUAGCCACAGCCUGGCCAAACACUUGGGGGUACUAGGGGUUUCACUGGGCGUUCCCUUGGAAGAAGAGUAGGGCCCUUUGUCCUCACACUGGGAGGCCAGACUACUCCAGGGCUCUUUAAUGACUGCUACCUUUGAUGGUGCCCAGCGCACUCGACUUGACCCAAUCACUCUUGCUGCCUUCAAAGACUCAGGAUGGUACCAGGUCAACCACAGCGCUGCAGAGGAGCUGUUGUGGGGCCAGGGAUCUGGCCUGGAAUUUGGCCGGGUGACCACAUGUGGGACUGGCUCCUCAGACUUCUUCUGCACUGGCAGUGGGCUGGGCUGUCACUACCUGCACCUGGACAAGGGAAGCUGCUCCUCAGACCCCAUGCUGGAAGGCUGCCGCAUGUACAAGCCCUUAGCCAAUGGAAGUGAAUGCUGGAAGAAGGAAAACGGAUUCCCAGCGGGGGUGGUGAAUCCCCACGGGGAGAUCUACCAUUCCCAGAGUCGUUGCUUCCUUGCCAACCUCACUUCACAACUGCUCCCUGCGGAUGAGACCAGGCAUCCUUCUCAGAUCCCACACCUCAAGGAAGUGGAGCUCACUGGCCGCUGCUACUUGCAUCAAUGCACAGAGAGGGGUGCAUACAAGGUGCAGGUGGAAGGAUCACCUUGGGUCCCAUGCCUUCCAGGAAAGGCUAUUCAGAUACCUGGGUACUAUGGUCUUCUCUUUUGUCCCCGGGGUCGGCUGUGUCAGACCAAUGAAGGUACCAAUGCUGUUACUUCCCCUCCUGUGAGUCUUUCAACCCAAGACCUGCUAUUCCAGCUGUCCUUAGGUUUAGCUGGACCUCCAGGCCACUCUCUGGGCAAGGAACAGCAAGAAGAGCUGGCUGAAGCAGUACUGCAGGCUCUGGUGAGCAGAGGUGGCAGUGGCAGGUGCUAUUUCCACAGCCCAUCAAUCACUACUAGUUUGGUGUUCACUGUGCGUAUGUGGAAGUCUCCUGGCUGCCAAGGGCCUUCAGUUUCUAUGCUGCACAGGGCUCUAACCCUGACUCUCCAGGAAAAACCCCUAGAAGUAUAUCAUGGAGGAGCCAGCUUUACCACAAAAGAUAACCAGUUGCUGGUUACCUCAGACUAUAAUCCCUCCAUGACCCAUCUAAGUCUGACCAUGGGACUCUGCCUAAUGCUGCUAAUCCUGGUGGGUGCACUGGGAACCACAGCCUAUCAGAAACGAGCUACUCUUCAGGUGGGACCAUCUGCCCCUUACCAUUUACCAGAGCUCCACAACACAAGGGGCCCAGAUGGAGGAAUAAGGGAGGUGUGAUGUUACUUUCUCCUGAAUGCCUCUUUUCAUGGAUAUCAACUUUAUACUAGCCUUGCAAUGAAAAAACGUGGAAUCUUACGGUUCUGAA